ACAAAACAACCAAAAAGGAAAAAGAUCGAGAAUAAGCACAAAGAAAGAAAGAACGAAGAACGAAACAGUACUCGAAAUUCUCUUCUGGAUUAAUAGCAAAAAAGAGAGGGGGUAAGAAAGAAAGGAAAGGAAACUGCCGGCGAUAAGUGAAGGUCUCAACAUUUUUAUUACCACCGUCGAUUCCAUUUCCUAAGAUUUCUGUCAGAUCUGAUUGAUUCCCUGUCCUUUUCAACGCACACUUCCUUUGCCGUUGAUCGACGGACGGCGACGGCGGCGCCGAACCCUAACCGCUUGACUGCGGAGGUAGACGACCAUAUGUUAAGAUUCGAGGAGGAGAAAAUAAGGAAACCGAUUUGAUCUUGUUUCGGUUCAGUUUUAUUCUCGCUUCUUUUCGCUUGCCUGGACGAGGGAAGGAGCAAGGAAGAGGAGUUUGACAAAUUUUCUCUGAAAUUUGGCGGUGCUUUCGCGGCCGCUGCUUCUGCUCCGGACAUGGCCGACGCGCUGUCCGUGAUUCCGGCCAACGUGCUCCGCAAUUUGUCCGAUAAGCUCUACGAGAAACGGAAGAAUGCCGCUCUGGAGGUUGAGGGGAUAGUGAAGCAGCUGGCUGCAGCAGGCGAUCAUGACAAGAUAUCGGCGGUUAUCGAUUUGUUGACCUCUGAGUACACUUACUCUCCUCAAGCCAACCACCGCAAGGGUGGGUUGAUAGGUUUGGCUGCUGCAACGGUAGGAUUGACAUCAGAAGCAGCUCAGCAUCUUGAGCAAAUUGUGCCACCUGUGCUUCAUUCUUUCUCUGACCAAGAUAGCAGAGUCCGGUAUUAUGCAUGUGAAGCUCUAUAUAACAUUGCAAAGGUUGUCAGAGGGGAUUUUAUUGUAUUCUUUAACCAAAUAUUUGAUGCUCUCUGCAAACUUUCUGCCGAUUCAGAUGCCAAUGUACAAAGUGCUGCUCAUCUGUUAGACCGACUUGUGAAAGACAUUGUCACAGAAAGUGAUCAGUUCAGCAUUGAAGAAUUCAUUCCUCUGUUGAGGGAACGUAUGAAUGUGUUGAAUCCCUAUGUCCGCCAAUUUCUGGUAGGAUGGAUUACAGUUUUGGACAGUGUUCCUGAUAUAGAUAUGCUGGGGUUUCUACCAGAUUUCCUUGAUGGUUUGUUCAAUAUGCUGAGUGAUUCUAGCCAUGAAAUACGGCAACAAGCUGAUUCUGCACUUUCGGAGUUUCUCCAAGAAAUAAAGAAUUCCCCAGUAGGCCCUCCCCUGACAUUCAACUUUGAUAUUUAUGCUCUUUUGUUCUACUAUUUUCUGACUCGAGCAGUGCUACUGUUGAAGUCUGUAGAUUAUGGGCGCAUGGCUGAGAUACUGGUGCAAAGGGCAGCUUCUUCUGAUGAAUUUACUCGGUUGACAGCCAUCACUUGGAUCAAUGAAUUUGUGAAACUUGGCGGAGACCAACUUGUGCCUUAUUAUGCUGAUAUUCUUGGAGCAAUUUUGCCUUGUAUUUCUGACAAAGAAGAGAAGAUUAGAGUGGUUGCCCGUGAAACCAAUGAAGAGCUUCGAGCUAUCAAGGCUGAUCCUGCAGAAGGGUUUGAUGUUGGAGCAAUUCUCUCAAUUGCCAGGAGACAACUGUCUAGUGAGUGGGACGCUACCCGAAUAGAGGCAUUGCACUGGAUAUCUGCUCUUUUGAACAGACAUCGGGCUGAGGUGUUAAAUUUUCUUGAUGACAUAUUUGAUACUCUCUUGAAAGUACUAUCAGAUGCUUCUGAUGAGGUUGUACUGCUGGUUCUUGAUGUUCAUGCAUGCAUCGCGAAGGAUCCACAACAUUUCCGCCAACUUGUUGUCUUCUUAAUGCAUAAUUUCCGCAUUGAUAAUUCUCUUCUGGAAAAGCGUGGUGCCUUGAUCAUUCGGCGUCUUUGUGUGCUUUUAGAUGCUGAACGGGUAUAUAGGGAACUGUCCAAAAUACUUGAGGGUGAAGCUGACCUGGAUUUUGCUUCUAUUAUGGUUCAGGCUUUGAAUUUGAUUUUGCUUACGUCCUCUGAAUUAGCCGAGCUUCGAGAUCUGUUGAAACAAUCACUGGUGAAUGCUGCCGGCAGAGAUUUGUUUCUAUCAUUAUAUGCUUCGUGGUGCCAUUCGCCGAUGGCCAUCAUAAGCCUUUGCUUGUUAGUACAGAUGUACCAGCAUGCCAGUGGCGUGAUACAGUCACUAGUGGAGGAGGAUAUUAAUGUGAAGUUCUUGGUACAGCUGGAUAAACUGAUUCGGCUGCUUGAGACUCCGAUUUUUGCUUAUCUAAGGCUGCAGCUUCUUGAGCCAGGAAGAUACACAUGGUUGUUAAAAGCCUUGUACGGUCUUCUCAUGUUGCUUCCCCAGCAAAGUGCCGCUUUUAAGAUUCUGCGGACUCGAUUAAAGACGGUACCGUCAUAUUCCUUCAGUGGGGAUCAUCAGGUUAAGCGGACGUCUUCAGGGAACCCGUAUUCUCAAAUUCUACAUCACAGUCCAAGUGGAUCACAGAUCUCGGAGGAUGGUGAUGUAGUAGGGCAGGAAUCGGGAAAUCCUAAUUCUCAAAAUGGGAUUAACUUCACUUCAAAGUUGCAGCAGUUUGAGCAAGUCCAGAGCCAACAUCGUAUCCACACAAGAGAGCUGGCACAUUUGCGCAACACUUCCACUUCAUCACUAAAGGAGGUUCAGAGGUCGGAAGAAACUCGGAGACCUACGUCGUCGUCAUCUACAUCAACGGUAGAAGUAAAUAGGAUGCCAUCAAGAUCAUCCAGGAAAGGCCCAGGGCAGUUGCAACUAUAAUUGAAGUUUCACAUUUUUUUUUUGGUUUUUACAUCUUGUUUUUAAUUUUAAAUUCCCGGGCAAUAUUGGGUGCCAGUGGUGCUUUCUAUCUGUCUUCGGCCUUUUGAAGAGAUGGGGAAGGAAGUGCAUGAAGAAGAGGAAGACAAAGCCUUUUGUAAAAUUGUAUAUCGUUAGUUUGACCUUUUUGUUACAACUUAAUAUUCUUUUUUUUCCCCUUCUUUUAUUUGUUUUAAUCUGAAAACAUAGUGUAUCCCCUCCGUCCCAAUGUGGUUGUGUUAUUUUUUUAAUUAAGAACCACUUGGGCUGUUAGAGUAAAACACUAUUGCUGUUAGAAAAUAUUACUUCAUUCCUCCUUCC